AUGUUGGAAGGUCUGGUAGCUUGGGUAUUGAACAACUACCUCGGGAAGUAUGUGGAAAACCUGAACACCGAUCAGCUGAGCGUCGCUCUGCUGUCCGGAAAAGUAGAGUUAGAAAACCUUCCACUAAAGAAAGAUGCCCUUAGAUACCUGGGUCUUCCGGUGGAGAUUAAGGCGGGCUUUAUUGGCAAGGUUCAGCUGCAGGUCCCAGUGAGGCAGAUACGUUCAGCGCCAUGGCUGAUAGCCAUCGAGAAAUUAUACCUGGUAGCUGCACCUGUUAAUUUAGAUGAGUGGGACAGCGCAGUGGAGGCGAGUAUAGCCCACGAGCGCAAGAUGGCGCUGCUGGACGCGCUGGAGGCGCAGUGGCGCGCCGAGCACGAGUCCAACGACGCCGGCUACUACGCCGCCUCAUACUCCUCCUGGCUCAGCUACGGCACGGGCCUACUCGCCAACAUCGUCGAGAACCUGCAGCUGAAGCUGAACGACGUACACAUCCGCUACGAGGACGCACUGACGUGCGGUAGCGCGUUCGCCGUUGGUCUGGCGGUGGAGUCCCUGACGGCGGAGUCCUGCGACGCGUCCUGGUGUCGUGGGUUCACAUCGGUCACGGAACCUUGCUCCUUCAAGCUCCUCGAGCUGCAUAACUUGGCGCUCUACUGGGACCCCAUGCCCGUGCCCGCCGGCAUGAUGGCCGACUGCACUAUUGCUGAACUCACUGAGCGCAUGCGCGCGACGUGGGGCGGCGCGCACCGCUACGUGCUGGCGCCGUCGACGGCGAGCGCGCGCGUGCGCCGCGAGCGCUGCGAGCAGCCGCUGCGCGAGCGCGACCGCCCGCGCCUCGCCGCGCACCUCACGCUCGACCUCGUGCAGCUGCGCCUCUCGGAGAGGCAGUACAGCGAGAUGGCGGGCUGCGCUCGCGGGCUGGAGCGCAUCGCGCGCCUGCGGGAGCUGCGUGCACUGCGGCCCGAGCGGCCCGUGCGCGGGCACGCGCGCGACUGGUGGCGCUACGCCGUGCGCGCGCACCUGCCGCACCACACCUGGAUGGAUCCGCGGCCGACGUGGGCGACGUGCCUGGAGCGGGCGCGGUGCGCGCGCGAGUACGUGGACGCGUGCCUGCAGGUGCUCAGCCAGCCGGCCGCCACGCUGCCGCCGGAGCGCCAGGCCGCCAAGGACGAGUUCGAGUGGCGCGCGCCGCUGCACGUGCUCAAGGCGCUCCGCGAGGUGGCCAUCCGCCGCGUGCCCGCCCCGCCCGCGCCCCCCGCGCCGCCCAGCUCCGGCCGCGGCGUGCUCGUGCGCUGGUUCCCGCAGUGGUGGGGCUGGUACGCCGCGCCGCCCGACGAGCCGCGCCCGCCGAGCCCCACCGCCGCCACCGCCGCGGCCGCCGGCUCCGCGACCUCCGCGUCGCGCCUCGAGGACGAAAUCCUCGACGUCAUCGCGGACUCGCUCGACGACAACACUCUGCUGAGACGAGACGCUCUUUUCGGACUCUUCGAAUUCACCCUGUCGAAGGGCUCGCUCGAUCUGUACACCGACACCGACGAAGCUUCGAGCGCGGCGGGCGCGGAGACGCUGGAGGGCCUGGAGCUGCAGUUCAGCGGCGUGAGUGCGCGCGUGGAGUCGCGGCCGCGCGCCGGCGCGCACGCGCUGCACGUGGCGCUGGGCGGCGUGCGCCUGCGCUCGCGCCUCACGCCGCGCUCGCUGUUCCCGGUGCUGGUGGCGCCGCAGGGGCUCAUCCGCGCCGGCCUGAGCGCCGCCGCGGCCCGCGCGCCGCGCGCCGCGCCGCCGCCGCCGCCCGCCGGCGCCGAGCCGCUGUUCCAGCUCUCCUACGAGCGGCGCCCCGCCGGCCUCAACUGCGACUACAAACUGCGCGUGAAGUCGCAGUCGCUGGAGGUGGUGUGGUGCGCGGCGGCGGCGCGCUGGGCGCGGCGCUGGGCGGCGGCGGGCGCCAUGGCGCACGUGCGCCUGCACACGCGCGCCACGCUGCACCACCACUGGGGCCGCCUGCUGCACCACACGCGCAGACCGCGUCGUUCGUGGCAAAUCGAGCUGGACAUAUCGGCGCCGCAAAUCCUAUUCGUGGAGGACUUGUGCGACAGCGACGCCUCCGUCCUGGUCGUUGACUUCGGACGCUUGAAGUUGGCCAAUGCCAACCUACCUGACACCGAAACUAGCACCCUGAAACAACAGUCUAUGGAUGACGAUGAAGAAAUGUUUUUGACGCCGUGCUCGACGCCGCCGGGCAGCUUGCUGUCUCCAGCGUCACCUCCCUCGUCGCCGCCCGCGCAGCCGCCCGCCCUGCACCAGUAUCUGCGCACCAGCCUCUAUGACCGGUACAAGAUCGAGCUGAGCGACCUGCAGAUCUUGGUGGGGCGCGCGCGUGACAACUGGAAGUACGCGCACACCAAGAGCACGUCCGCGCUGCACCUGCUCGACCGGUUCAGCAUCUCGCUGCAGGCGGAGCGGCGCGUGGUGGCGACGUCGGAGCCGCAGUACCCGCGGCUGGCGCUGUGCGGCUCGCUGCCGGCGCUGGUGGCGCACCUCAGCGAGCACAAGCUGGCCGCCGUGCGCGCCGUGCUGGCCCGCGCCGCGCCGCCCCGCGCCGCGCCCGCCCGGUGAGAAGAAGAGGACAGCAACGACAACACGGAAACAGAGUUCUCAGAUUUUUCUGUGAACCAAAACGCGACCCUACUCAUGUUGCAGUUCGCUAUCGAUCAAAUGUCACUCGAGGUGCAGUCGCGCGGGCGCAGCAUCGCCGAGGUGCAGGUGUGCGGCGUGCGCGCGGCGCUGGGCGUGCGCGCCGCCGACACGUCGCUGGCGCUGAGCGUGCACUCGCUGCUGCUGGUGGACGCGCUGCAGGCCUACGGGCCCGACUUCGAGCUGCUCGUGGCCAGCCACCGGCACGUCGGGAUGGACACGGCGUCGGGCAGCAUCCGCGGCUCGGAGCCGACGUCGCCCACGUCGCCGGCGUCGCCGGACGCGCGUGCUUCACUACCGCCCCCCACGCCGCUCGCGCUACACCGCGCCGUGUCCUCGCUGCACAACGCCACCACCGGACAGCCUACCAGUCAUCCGGAACCGGGGCCCACGAGUCCUACUCCCAGUUGGCUGAACGGUCCGGCUUGGAACUCGAGCUCGUACGGGACCGCAGGCUCGACGUGGGGGACGAGCUCAUCCGCUUGGGGCCCGGCUGGAACCGGCUGGGGCGCCGAGGGCGUCUCCUGGGGGAACGCCGGUGGCUGGGGGGCGCCGGGUUUGGUGGACUCCGAGGCUCUGAUCGCAGUGGAGCUCUGUUUCGUGAAGGGCGACGGAGAAUCGGAAGACUUGAGGAUAGCGAAUAUACUGUUUAAUAAUUUGGAUGUCAUCGCGAACCAGGAGACGAUAGUGGAACUGAUCGGGUUCGCGCACCGCGUAGCGGGCGCGCCCGCUCGCCGCUCUCAGCCACCUCCCGCCGCGCCCGCCGCGGGCUCUGACGCUGACGGUGACGGCGACGGCGACGGUGGCGGUGACGACGUGGCGCCCACCAAACGCGUACGCACCGAGAUCACGUUCGACUUCCACCGCCUGGGCGUGCUGCUGCUGCGCGCCGGCGUGCGCGACGGCGCGCUGGCGGCCAGCAAGAUCGCCACCGCCACCGUCGGCGACGCGCGCAUCCAGGCCACGCUCGACGGCGACCGCAUCGAGGUGGGCGGGUCGCUGGGCGGCGUGCAGGUGGUGUCGCUGUCGGAGCGCGCCGGCGUGCACUCGCGCGUGCUGGCGGCCGGCCGCGCGCCCGCCGCGCCCCACCCUCACCACACCCACCACGCACACCACCCGCCGCGCGCGCCCGACCACUCCACCAGUGAGGAGAAGGCGCUGCUCUUCACCGUGUCUAGGACCAUCAGGCCGGUGGAGGUGGAGGUGGUGGAGGUGCAGGCGUCGCUGCGCGUGGCCAGCGUGUGGUACACGCACUCGGGCCCGCUGCUGCGCGAGCUGCAGUCGUGCGUGGCCGAGUUCCAGCAGUACCUGGCCAACCUGGCGCGCUCCAUCCGCGCCGCCGCCGCUGACAUGGCCAUCGGCCUCGUUCACCCCAGAGGUGAAACGCUGUACGCGAAUCCGCGCCUAUCUCAGUCGACGGAAGGCGUAUCGCCGAGGAGACGCACAACGAGCGUGGGCUACUCGAUCGAUGAGCCCGACCGAGACUCUAGACAGAUCGUUUUGAGCGUCACCGUCGAGCUGGAGUCCCCGGUGGUGGUGGUGCCACGUUCGGCACGCAGUCCUGAAGUGUUCGUGGCCCACCUGGGCCGCAUGAGCCUGGCCAACCGACCCGGUGCCCCCAGCGACACAGUUUAUAAUAUACGCAUUCGGGAUAUCUCGCUUGUUUCGCUGGACGUGAGCGACAAAAUAAGUAAACGGCACAUGUCGACGGCUACUGACAACCUGGCGGACAUCUACGACGUGUCGUGCGGCCGGCCCGUGCUGCACGACACCGCGCUGCAGCUGGCCGUGGCCUUCUGCGAGCUGGAGGACGGCCCGAGGUGCUCGCUGGACGGGCGCGUGGUGGGCGGGCUGCACGUGUCGGCCAGCCGCGAGCAGUACGAGCAGCUGCUGGACACGCUGCACUGGCUGGCCGACUCCGCCCCCGCCGACGCCCCGGACGGAGCCGCGCCCGCCGCGCCCGCCCCCGAGCCUCACGAGCCGGGCUCGGUGGUGGACCCGGCCGUGCCGACGCUGCGCCUGGACCCGCAGCUCCGCGCCGCCGUGCUGGCCGUGCCGCCGCCCACGCACGCGCCCGCGCACGCGCACUCGCACACGCCUCUCGUCGGUUGGGGGUUGGGGGUUAAAAAGUCGCUAAAACAUCAUGUGAUUAAUGGACGAACCAUAAGUAACGCACGUCUCCCGUCUCCGGCAGUGACGUUCGAACUGGCCACGUUCACGGUGGAGCUCCGCGCGGACGUGGGCGCGGGUGAACGCAGCCUUGUGGCGCUCACUUUUCGCGAGUUUUCACUGCGCCGAGAGCGACUUCACCCACACGAGUCCACGCUACAGGUGCGUCCUCAUUGCUCGUUACGUCGAUAUCAGUUUUUCUUAAAUAUAAAAAAACUUUGUAUCCCUGCACUCUAUUACGAUGGAGGACCUGACCAAGGAUCCCGAGUCAAAGCACCGCAUGCUGAUGGUGUCGCACACGCCUCCGAUGCCGCCCAAGGCAGUUACAAGCGCAAAAAGGAGAAGGACAAGCAGGAGAACCGCUGCCCUACGCCGCCCAGCUCGCCACAGCACGACGCGCCGCGCACCACUCGCCCCGAGCGCCCCAAGCGACCCGAACGCCCCGAGCGCCCCGAGCGCCCCGCUGGCCCUGAGCGCGACGACCUCGUAUGGGUGCACGUCCACACGCGACACCCUUCGCACCCGCGCUUCACGGACCUCUACGACAAGGUGUCUCGAGUGACCAAGGUGGAAUUUAAUUGUCUGAAACUGGUUCUGAGUAUCGACAGCUGGGUCGCGGUGCUCGAUUUCUUUGGCAUCGCGGGAGACGAGCCGGACCAGUCGUCGACCGCCACCGAUUCAAAUAAAACUAGUGACAGCGAGAGCGCAGCCGGCUCGGAGGCGGGCGCGACGGAGACGGAGAUGAACGUGCGGUCGCUGUCGGUGGUGGUGGUGGGCGCGCGCGGCGACGCGUGCCGCGCGCUCGUGUCGCGCGUGCACGUGCGCGUGCGCGACGAGGCGCGCGCCGGCGGCCGCGACGUGCGCGCCACGCUGGGCGCGCUGGCGCUGGCCGACCUGGCGCCGCGCGCCGUGCUCUGGCGCGAGCGUCUGCGCAUGCGCACCGCGCACGCGCUCGACCUGCACUACCGCAGACUGAGCGGCGCGGAGGCGGCCGAAGCGGGCUACGAGACGAGCCUGUCGCUGGAGAUGGGCCCCGCCACGUACGUGCACACGCGCCGCUUCGUGCUGGAGCUGCAGGCCUUCGCGCGGGACUUCAGCCUGCUCAGGCGCGUCAUCGCGCAGGCGAGGAAAAAAAUGACUUCGACCGCGGUCACCAUGGUCCGUGAAUCUUGUUCAGGAAUCACAGCUCAACUGAGAUGGUUCAGUUCAGCGGUCGCCUUGGUGAAUAGGGAAGACCGCACGGAGGCCUUAAUAGACAGGUACGAGAAAUGCCCGGCUCGACUUGAACAGGUCGAGACUCUGUACCAGCGCCUCCUUCUGCACCUUGACGAUGUGCCAAUGGAGUCGCUUCCGAAGGAGCGACGGGAUCAAGUCCACGAAGACUACGUCCAAAUUUUGGGCCUCGCCGAUGAAAUCUCCCAACGCGCCCGGGAGAUCUUAGCCUCGCGCGCUGGAGUACCGCCUACUAGGGCCUCUUUGAAGACUCCCGUGGGCCUUUUGACCCGACUGCCUAACCUGGAUCUCCCCCAUUUCGAUGGUCGACUCGACGCGUGGAUGGGUUUCAUCGGCCUGUUCGAAAGCCUUGUGGACUCCAGGGAGGAUUUGAGCCUGUCCCAAAAGCUGGCCUACCUGCUCUCAGUGCUGGAUGGAGAGGCAAGAGAAUUGGUGCAGCACCUCCCGAUUUGUGAAGGGAGCUAUGCGGUCGCGCGGUCAUUACUCACCAAGCGCUACCAAAACCAGCGCUGUCUGGCCGAUGCUCAUAUCGACCAGAUAAUGGACAUUCCUGUCGUGAGUAAUACCGCCCAGUUGAGGACCAAGAUGCUUAACCCCCUCGUUGCAGCUACCAAUGCUCUUAGCCGCUUGGGCCUGCCGGUUGACCAGUCGUCAUACUGGUUGGUGCGUAUUAUGCUCAAGCGGUUGCCGGUGUCCCUGAGAGCACGUUUUGAACAGGCGCACACUAGGGAUGAGGCAUCUCCUCUCCCUAGUUAUGAGCAAUUGUUGGCGUUCCUGGAGAAUGAGUGUCGCAUGGGCGACGUUAUGGAUGCGCCGGUGGGACUAUCAAGCUCCGGACCCACCAACAAACGGCGCACUGCUCAAAUGGCGCCAAAGGGAAGGGCGUCCCCCCGCUUUGCAGUCGCGCAGGCUGCGCGACCGGUCUGCCGGUUCUGUAAGUCCCGGGGGCACCGAACGAUGCAGUGCCCGGACUUUGUAGCGUUGCAUGUGGCCUCUCGUAGGCGGAUUGCUAAGGCCCGAGGCUGGUGUUUCUCCUGCCUGGGGGACCACUUUCAGCGUGCUUGCCCCGACAUGCACCCGUGUCCUGUUUGUGGAGGGCAACAUUUAAAGGUGCUGUGCGCCAACGCAAAUGGCCGCCGCGACCACCCGGGGUCGCCUUCGGGCGGGUAUGAGAGCGGACACCGGGCUCAGUCCCGCAAUUUGGAGUCCGGCUCACCUCCCCCCCGCCACGCAGAUUGUGCUGCUGUGGAUCGCCGAUAUGAUUCGGCGCGCAGCCCCACGGGCGGAGGUGUCGGGAACGCCCCUGUAACCACGGUUGAGGGCCAUGUUUCGUUUGAGUUCUCGCCCUCAAAUUCUCCACGCCCGACGCUGAGAUCGUCGGCCAUCGUGAUGGAGAACAUCUUGGGCAGUCACCCGCAAGUUCGGUUGUCUGCGGAUGCGGUAAAAUUGACCGCCGAUUUGGACUUGGCUGACCCUAAAUUCGACCUACCUGGCACGGUCGAUUUGUUGCUUGGCGCCGAUGUACUGGGCAAAAUAUUACUCGGUAAGGAUCGUGUUUUGCAGCCAGGUGGCUUAGUAGCCCUCCGGACCAUAUUUGGGUUCGCAUUGAUGGGGCCUGUAUUGAGGGCUCCCCCUCCUGCUGAACCUGGAACGGCUUUGAUGGUGGGCCCCGCCCUCUCUGACGCUGUGCAGAGAUUUUGGGAAGUGGAAGAGCCACCACAAGCACCCCGCUCUGAUCCGGAACACGAGGAGUGUGAACGGUUCUACAAGAGCAACACCAGUUAUCUUCGUUCUGGCCGGAUCAUGACAAGAUUGCCAUUUCUUGCCGUACGACCGCCCCUUGGCGACUCGCGGCCUACUGCAGAGAAGCGUUUAUUGGCAAUGGAGCGCCGCAUGAGCAGGGACCCGCUACUUAAACAGAAGUACAUUGACUUCAUGCGGGAGUAUGAGAAUUUGGGACACAUGUCUGUGUCAAAACUUGACUGGCGCUCGACGGAGCAUUUUUUCCUCCCGCAUCAUGCUGUGAUAAAGCCGUCAAGUGGCAAGCUGCGCACAGUAUUUGAUGGUUCUGCGCAGACCACAUCGGGAGUGUCCUUGAACCAGUGUCUUCAUUCUGGUCCCAAAUUGCUUAAGGACCUUUGUGACGUCAUCACGCGGUUUCGGCGUCACCAAUUCGUUUUCGUAGCUGACAUCAAGAUGAUGUUCAGGCAAACGGUAAUCCACCCUGAUGAUCGUCGAUACCAGCUGAUAUUGUGGCGGGAAAACCCGCAAGAUCCCAUACUUGUCUACGAACUCAACACGAACACAUACGGGCUGCGGUCUAGCCCCUUUUUGGCCAUACGUUCGCUUUGGGAGCUCGCAGAUCGAGAGCGUAUGUCGUUUCCUCGCGCAGCCGCCAUUUUGAAGGAGGACCUAUAUGUUGAUGACAUAUGCACUGGUGCGUCCACGGAGAGAGAGGCUCUCCUUUUGCGUGACGAAUUGAUUGGCAUCCUAGCCUCCGCAGGAUAUGAAUUGCGUAAAUGGAUCUCCAACUUACCUGCGCUCUUGGAUGGGCUACCUGAUGACCACCAGCAGGAUCCUCACCUAUUUGAGAACCGUGACAAUCCUACCAUGAUGACAGUCCUUGGAAUACAGUACAGACCAGUCCAGGACAUCUUCACGUUCAACGUCGAUUUGGAUUCGCCUCGCACUUGGACGAAACGGCUGGUUCUGUCGACUGUCGCGAGAACGUUUGAUCCCAAUGGUUGGAUAUGCCCAGUCAUAUUCUGGGCCAAAUGCUUCCUGCAGAGACUUUGGACUGCAGGUCUUGGAUGGGACGAGCCACUCCGCGAAGCUAUUUUGAAGGACUGGCUCAAUAUGAUAUCGUUGCCCCGUGCUAUGCUUCCACCAGGGAAGCAUACAGCGUCCCUUCAUGGGUUUUCGGACGCUUCGGAACGUGGGUACGCAGCAGCCGUAUAUUUGCGCACCGUGACCAUGGAUGGUCAAGUGAAGGUGUCAUUGGUCAUGGCGAAGAGCAAGGUCGCGCCUCUUCGAACUACCUUGACAAUUCCCAAGCUAGAGUUGUCAGGGGCGGCCCUUCUUGCUCGCCUCUUGAAUCACGUCAUGUCCACCUUGUGCCCGUCAGUUAACAUUGAGACAGUCUAUGCAUGGACUGACAGUCAAAUUGUCCUAUGUUGGCUGAAGACGUCAGUCCACACCUUAGAGGUGUUUGUUGCAAAUCGGGUCUCUCAGAUCCAGAAAUCGGAAACCCCGUUAAUCUGGAGGCAUGUGCCUGGCGAAGUCAACCCUGCUGAUUGCGCAUCACGGGGAUGUAUGGCCCCCUUUUUGGUUGAGCACUCCCUGUGGUGGGGACCUGAGUGGUUGACCAGGUCAGAAUCUAAUUGGCCGCGAACACCGGCCUUGGAUACUGUCACAUUGCCUGGGUUGCGAACCCUUGCGAUUGAACGGCGGGACCAUCCGUUCGACCCAGAUUUCCUAAUGAAUCGCUACAGCUCAUUAGACAAAUUACUGGGGGUCACCGCUUGGAUCAAGCACUUCACCAGAAAUUGUAGACACCCACAGAACAAAUGCUUGGAGGCGUUCUUAUCGCCACAAGAGCUCCAGGAUGCUCUUCUUCAUUGGGUUCGUUCUGUGCAAGAAGAGAACUUUGAAAAUGAGAUUGAUAUUUUGAGAAAAGGCAAAUGUAAGCUGUCUGGAGCCAUUUGCAAACUGAACCCCUUUUUGGACAGUGCGGGUCUUUUGCGAGUCGGAGGGCGUCUAAGGAACGCAAACCUCCCGUAUGGAGCUCGUCAUCCCCUCCUGUUGCCCAAAAGUGGCCACUUAGUGACGAGCUCGGCGCGCGACUGCGCGCAGCUGCAGCGCAUGCGGCUGCGCGUGCGCUGCGCGGCGCCCGUGAUCGUGCUGCCGGUGUCGGGCCGGCGCCGGGACGCGCUGGCCGCCGAGCUGACGCUGCUGCAGCUGGACAACCGCUUCUGCCGCGCCGGCGACCCGCACACCGUCAGCAAGCUCGUCGACCCCGCCCUCGCGGAGCGGCCGGUGCUGGACGUGCGCUCGGUGCGCGCCGAAGGCCUGUCGCUGUGGGCGGCGCGCGCGGGCGGGCGGCGCGGGCCGCCGCUGCUGGCCGCGCCCGUGGCGCUGGCGCUGCAGCUGGAGCGGAGCUGCGGCGACUCGCACAACGUGCCGGAGAUGACGGUGCAGGGGCGGCUGGCCACGCUGCGCCUGUCGCUGGACGCGGCGCAGUACCGGCUGGUGCGCGGCGUGCUGGCGCACAACCUGGGCGAGGCGUGCGACGAGCUGCUGGCGCCGCCGCCCGCCCCCGCGCCCGCGCCCGCCCCCGUGUGGCCCACGUGGUCGCUGCAGCUGGACCUGCAGGACGUGUGCGUGGAGCUGCGCGGCCCGCCCGGCGCGCCGCCGCUCGCCUGCAUCAACUUCAUCAAGUCGCGACUAUUGCUGGAGUCCUACUCGGACCUGUCGCAGGACAUCGACCUCGUGUCGCAGGAGAUCCUGGUGAGCGACACGCGCUACGCGGGCGAGCCGGCCAACCGGCGCGGCAACGUGUUCAGCCACAUCGUGCAGCCCAUGCCCGAGCACAGGCACAGCGUGCAGGCCGAGGUGCACGCCAGAAAACGGCCGGACUCGUCCGCGUACACGAUCCUCAUCAACAACAUGCGGCUGAUGGCCAUCCUGGACUGGUGGGAGGCGGCCAACCAGUUCAUCAUGCAGGCGCCGCCGCCGGCCGCCGACCCCGACCUGCAACAUCUGGAGGACGCGGCGGUGGAGAGCCGUGGAGACGCGCUGGACGGCGCGGCGCCCGGCGCCGUGGAGCUCAAGCUGAACAUCACCGACUCGCAGCUGGUGCUGGUGGAGGACGCCUCUCUGUGGGACACCAACGCCGUCAUACUUAAAAGCACGACGGUGAUCACGUACCGGCCGGCGGACGCGGCGCGGCCGGUGCUGUGCGAGCUGAACGAGCUGGAGCUGUUCUCGUGCGUGCUGGGCCUGGAGGAGGAGACGGCGCUGGCCAUCGUCGAGCCCGCCGCGCUGCACGCCGCGCUGCGCAGCGACGCCGUGCUGCACGUAGCUAUGGGCACUCUCAACUUGCGCCUGUCCUAUCAUGACAUGCGCAUGUUCGCUUCCAUGCUGCAAUCGCUUCCAGAGCAGGCCCGAGCCGCACUUUCGGAUACUAUUUACAUAUUUUCAACAGGCAAGUCAGAGGAGGAGGCGGCGGACGCGCCCGCCAACAGCGUACACAUGCGCAGUGCAGCGGGCGUGGCGUACGCGGGGGCGCGGCCGCGCUGGCUAAAGUCGGCUUCGCCUGCGCGGGCGCCGGUCCCCGAUAAACCCUCUUUUUGGCCGCUAAAAGCGGUGCAGGUGGACGCGGAGUGUGUGACCCUGUGCGUUAUAGACGACUGCCUGGAUUCCGAUGUGCCGCUACUGGAGGUUUCCUUAAAUGACUUGCACGUGGAACAAGAUUUACGAAAAGUAGAAGAAUCAUUCGAGGACCCGCUGCUGGUGUCCACGCCCUCGAGCGCGGGGAAGGUGGGCGCGGGGGGCGGCCGCCUGCGCGCGCAGCUCAGCGUCGACUACUACAACCGCACGCUGUCCGACUGGGAGCCCGUCAUCGAGCCCUGGAGGUUCUCGAGCCGCUGGGAGUACACGCUGUCGGCCGGGCUGGCGCUGGCGCGCGUGCAGCUGGACGUGCGCUCGGCCGACAACCUGGACACCAACGUCACGUCCGCGCUCGUGGACCUGGCGCGCCUCGUGCGCACCAACUGGACCGCCGACUACUACGCGCCGCAUGUUCAGACGUUGACGGCAGAGCAGUCCCCCAAGAGCAGUCCGGCGGGUCACCGAAGGCGCUCGCCCUUCGUGCCCUACGCCCUGCGGAACCUUACCGGACAGCGAUUAUGGUUCACCACGCUCACGACCACAUCGGACGAACUGCGCGAGGACGGGUCGGGCGCGCGGCGCGGGCCGCCGGACGACUCGUGGGUGAUGGUGCGCGCCGGCGACACGGAGCCCUUCUCGUUCGGCGCGCGGCGCGGGCGCGGCCGGGACACUCCGCACGCGCCCGCGCCGCUGCACCGCCUCGUGCUCAGCGUGGACGGCUGGGCGCCGCCCGACCCCGUCUGCGUCGACCGCGUCGGCGUCUUCUUCCGCCACAUCGCGCACGCGAAGUCGGAUGCGGAGGCGCGGCUAGUGCUGGAGGUGUCGCUGGAAGGCUCGGCACGCAAGUUGGUGACGGUGCGCUCGGCCCUUCAGCUGGUCAACAAGUUGCCACAUCCCGUGGAGCUGAGGCUCGAUCGCGCACCCUCCGGCUCCGCCGGCCCGUGGAGCGGCGCGGCGCGCAGCGCGCAGCUGGCGCCGGGCGCGCGCUGGGCGGCGCCGCUGGCCGCCCGCCCCGGCGCCGUGUGGGCGCGGCCGCUGCUGCGCGCGCCCGCCGCGCCCGCGCCGCUGGCCGCGCCCGCCGCCGUGGACUGGCGCGCCGCCGCCGCGGCCGAGCGCGCGCUGCUGCACAUCGAGUGCCGCGCGCCGCACGACUACGUCUACCGGUUCUGCUGCGCCAUCGUCCGCGAGCGCUUCCCGCCGGACCGCGGCGAGCUGCUGGCGGGCCACACGCUGACGCUGGUGCCGGCGCUGCGCCUGGAGAACCUGCUGCCCCUAGAGCUGCAGUACCGCGCGGACGCCGUCAGCGGCACGCUGGCGCCGGCCGGCACGCAGCCUUUCCAUCAGGUCAAUGUCGAGGAGGGCGUGGAGCUGUGCGUGAAACUGGAAGGCUUCGGUUGGUCGACGCCGCUGAGCGUGGGUGGCGCGGCGGGUGCGGGCUCGUUCUCUGCGCGACUGAAGCUGCGCGACCAGCGCGGGCGUCGUCUGUAUCUCAAUGCGAGAGUCACCGUCAAGAAGACUGAUGGCAUCAAGGUGUCGGUGUCGGCCGCGUACUGGCUGGUGAACCGCACGGGGCUGCCGCUGGUGUUCCGCGCGGAGGGCGGCGGCGAGGCGGCGGGGCAGUUCGCGGAGCACGAGCUGGCGCGCAUGGUGGCGCCGCUGCCCUUCGCCUUCGCGGACGGCGACGGGCCCACCGUCAGCGCGCGCCUCGGCGCCUCGCUGGCCGCCGGCGCCGAGUGGUGCUCGCCGUUCGGGCUGGGGCCGGGCGUGACGGUGAAGAAGCUGGAGAGCCGCGGCGGCGAGGGCGAGCGUGCGUUCGCGGUGGGCGUGUCCGUGCGCGCGGGGCGGGGCCGCUACCGCCGCACCAACAUCGUCACGCUCACGCCGCGCUACCAGCUGCACAACAACACGCCGCACCGCCUGCAGUUCGCGCAGAAGUGCACCGCGACCACACUCAACGACCCGGGCGCGAUCGCGACGCACGUGUCGGCGGUGGCGGGCUGCUACCUGCCGUGGCACUGGGCGCGCUGGGACCGCGAGCAGCUGCUGUGCGUGCGGGUGCUGGCGGAGCCGGAGCCACGGCUCGGCGGCCCGCGCGCCCUCACCGCCUGGUCCGGCGGCUUCCGCAUCGACGCGCCCAGGAGCUUACACGUCGCCUGCAGAGAGAGUGGUGGGUCGUACCAGCUGCUGCGCGUGGAGGUGGUGGCGCAGGGCGCGGCGCUGCUGGUGGUGCUGAGCGCGGCGCGCGGGGAGCCGCCGCCGCUGCGCAUCGACAACUUCUCGCCCGUCGCCAUCAUGUUCCACCAGGUGGGCAGCGCGGAGGAGUGCGUGGUGAGCGCGGGCGGGCGCGCCAGCUGGGCGCUGCCGGAGCCCGAGGGCGCGGCGGCGCUGGCGCUGCGGGCGCCCGGCGGGCCGCGCCUGGCGCUGCCGCUCGCCGCGCUGCACGAGGACCACACGCUGCUCUACCAGAACUUCAUCUACGUGGCCUUCGCCGCCACCGCGAGCGGCGCGGCCGACCCGUCAGUUGACAGCAUGCAGGAGGGCGGUGCGGAUGAGGACGAGGGCGUCCUAGUUUUGGAGGUGCCUCUGGGUUCCACUCGCGUACAACUGGCGCGCAAGCGAUACGGAGACAGGAGCCAGCUGUGGCGGCGCGGGCCGGGCGCGCAGCUGCUGCACGAGGGCAGCUCGCCGCCGCAGCCCACCGACGCGCUCAGCGACGACUGCGCGCUGUCGCCGCACGCCAUGGUGCUGGACAUCGAGGAGGCGGCCCCGCGGCCGGGGCGCGCGGCGGCGCUGGUGCUGCGGCGCGCGGACCCGCGGCGCGCGUCCACGCAGGCCUGGCGCCUCGUGCCCGCCCAGCGCGCGCCCGCCCAGCGCAUGGCCUGCGCGCACGCCAACCUCUGCGUGCAGCCCGAGCACGGCCUCAUGGGCCUGCAGCCCGGCGGGCGCGUGGUGCUGGGGCUGGCGGGCGCGUGGCGCGGCGCCGUGCCGCCCGAGCAGGCCGUGCAGUGGCGCACGCUGCGGCCCGGCUCCGGCCGCCUCGCCGUGGCGCUCAGCGCCGACGGGCCCACGCGCUGCGUGCGCAUCCGCGACCGCGCCGACCCCGCGCCGGCCGAGGACGCGCCGCCGGCGGAGGCGGACGCGCGCGAGUGGGGGCUGGCGGUGUCGCUGGCGGGCGCGUCGCUGUCGCUGGUGGCGCGCUGGCCGCCCGCCGAGCUGCUGUUCGCGCAGUUCUCGCGCCUGCGCCUCACGGUGGCGCGCGCGCCGCGCUCCGCGCAGCUCGCGCUGUCCGUCGACUCCAUGCAGUGGGACAACCAGCUUACGAGCGCGCCCAGCCCUGUGCUGCUGUACUGCCUGGAGGAGGGCGGCGCGCUGCCGGCACUACACGUGUCGCUGGAGCUGACGCGCGCCCCGCCCAACUACAACGCGUUGUACUUCUCCCACCUGGUGGUGGCGCUGCGGCCCGUGGCCGUGCGCCUGGACGAGCGCCUCGUGCUGCUGGUGUGGUCGUGGGCGGAGGGCGGCGCUGAGCCCGCGCCCGCCCUCGAGGAGCCCGACGAGGCGGAGUACGAGACGCGCCGCGUACUCCACGAACUGACGGCUCUGCACGCGCCGCGGUACUACUUCGCGCUCAUCAAGAUCAUCCCGAGCCAGGUGCGCCUGUCCAUGUUCACGGCCGGCAAGCUGGAGGGCGAGCUGGGCGCGCUCAAGCGCCGCCUCGGCCUCACCUUCAUCCGCUUCGAGGACGCGGCCGUCGAGCUGGAGCCCUUCGUGCGCGCGCACGCCUUCGACACUGCGGCCGGCCUCGCGCGCCAGCUGCUCAGGCACUUCAAGGAUGAAUUAAAAUGGCAAGCGGCGAAAAUUUUGGGUUCCGUGGACUUCCUCGGUAACCCGUUAGGUUUUGUGGCGGACGUGUCGGAGGGGGUUUCGGGCCUACUGCUGGAGGGUAACGUCGGAGCCCUGUUUAAGAAUGUCACCCACGGUAUAUCCAACUCGGCCGCCAAAGUUACCGAAACGUUGGGCGACGGCCUGGAGCGAGUGGUCGGAGACGAGGCGCACGAGGAGACCCGGCGUCGCAUCCGGUCGGCCGCCGCCGGGUCGCAUCUCGCCGCCGGCUUCCGGGGGCUCGGUCUCGGGAUACUUGGUGGCAUGACGUCGCUAGUGAAGCACAGCUACGAGGGCGCGGCGGCGGAGGGCGUGGCGGGCUUCCUGGCCGGCGUCGGCAAGGGGCUCGUGGGCACCGUCACCAAGCCCGUCAUCGGCGUGCUGGACCUGGCGGCCGAGACGGCGGCGGCGCUCCGCGAGACGUCGCGGCGCGCCGGCGGAGCCCCGCGGCGCCUGCGCGCGCCGCGCCUGGCGGCCGGGGGCGCGGGUGGCGCGGCGCCGCUGCCGCGCUACUGCCCCGAGCUGGCCGAGGGCGCGGCGCUGCUGCUGGCGCUGCCGGCGCGCGAGCCCGACGAGCGCUUCGUGGCCUACCGCACGGUGCGCGGCCCGCCGCACGACAUCCGCGCGCUGCUGUCGGACGCGCACCUGCGCAUCGUGACCUGCAAGCACGGGCCGCCGCAGGUGGUGAUGGAGACGCAGCUCGGCAACCUGGUGUCGUGCGCGGCGCUGCAGGCGGGCGGCGCGUGGUUCGUGGAGCUGGGCGUGCGCGGCGCGGGCGCCGAGGCGCUGCGGCGGCCGCGCGUGCAGUGCGACAGCGCCGAGCUGGCGGGCUGGCUGGCGCGCACGGCCGCCGCCGCGCGCCAGCUGCACCACGACCGCCGCCACACGCUGCUGCCGCACGCCGACCUCUAG